AUGUUGGAAUUAAAAGCAAACCCAACCCAAUUACCUAAAGAUGCUUUUUCAAUGGUUUGUAAAAUUUAUAAAAAAUAUUUAAAUCCAGAAGUCGUUUGUGAUGAAUACUUAAAUUUCAUUCAAUGUUUUGAUGUUUUUCUUAAAACUGAUGAGUUGCCAAAAUAUCUAUAUAGUGAUAAUGAUAUAGCUAAAGAUUCAGAUUCUGAAUUUGAAACAGAAAAUGAUGAUGAUGAUGAUGAUAGUUAUUCUUUAAAAAACGAAAUUGAAAAUCAUGGAAGUUUGUUACCAGUAUUUAGAGCUUUUAUGCGGAAUGGUCUUCAUUCAUUAUUUCCAAAUAUUUAUAUUAUAUUGAAACUAGGUUUGACCUUGCCAGUUGGAAGUGUAUCAACUGAAAGGAGUUUCUCAAAGUUAAAGCCCAUUAAAACAAGACUACGAUCUACAAUGGGAAAUGAUCGGUUAGAGGGACUAAUGAUUAUGUCCUGUGAAAAUGACAUAAACAUUAAACAUCAAUUAUGA